CCCCUAAGUUUCAUUCACCAAAGCUAGCUGAUCGAUCUGCCUGUGCAGCCAUGAAGAGAUGCAUUGCUGCCGUUCUGCUGGUGCUUUCACUCGAGGCCCUCGCCGCCGGGCGCCUCUCGGCUACCGUCGCCGACGACCAUGUGGACACCAUUCGUCUCCCGAGCAACGGUCUUGCCGAUGAAGUAGCGACGGCGGCUACGGAGAUCGGCGCCGAGAAGACGAGGCCGUGGAAGUGCUGCGACCGCCCGUUGUGCAGCAGGUCCAUCCCGCCGCGGUGCCGCUGCAUGGACGCGGUGGAGCAGUGCGACGAGGCCUGCACCCGCUGCGAAGCGUCCCAGUCCGACCCUUCCAAGCGCAUCUGCAACGACCGGUACCACGGCUGGCCCGGGCCCAGCUGCACCAACCCCGACGCCGACGACAUCCCAAGUGGUCCGGGAGUUUCUGGUCCGCCGGUCGCGGUGGCAGCGGAGGAAGAAGAAGUUGUUAGCGAGGAGAGCGCCGUCGUCGGCAAGGAGAAGCCGAGGCCAUGGAAGUGCUGCGACGACACCCUGUGCACCAGGUCUGCCCCGCCGACCUGCGCCUGCAACGACAAGGUGAAGAAGUGCGCCAAGACCUGCAAGAAGUGCGACAAGGACGAGUCGGACGCUUCCCGCUUCGUGUGCCGCGACCGCUACUUCGGCUGGCCCGGGCCCAAGUGCACCGAGAUCUAGCCUCACCGCGGUUUCUAGCUAGGAUGUGCAUGCACGCCGAGCUCUACAUGCGGCAUGCAGCCUUGCACUGGGUGAUGGUGAAUCGAAUAAAGUGAGUCGUCCGGCCGGUCAGUGGCCUGGUAUGUGUACCGAGUCACGUAGUCUUGUAUGCACUGGAGUAGCUGCGUACCUAUGUGUUGUCCUCGUCGUCGUUGUUCUUUUACCACUUAGUACUUAGUUGCAUGGUGUUACUAUCAUGAAUAAGAUAAGAUGUGUCGAUCGUAGAGUAAAA